AUGAUCGAUCAUGUAAACGAUGAUCGUAGAGGUGAAAUUUUGCGAGAUGGCAUACAUGUGACACUAUUUGGUCCUCCUAAUGUUGGCAAAAGCAGCUUCUUAAAUCGUUUGGCUCAGAGACAAGCAGUUAUUGUUUCGUCAAUUCCUGGCACAACUCGUGAUGUCAUUGAGAUUUCAUUAAAUAUUGGUGGAUACCCAGUUAUUAUUGGAGAUACUGCUGGAUUAAGACAAUCUGAUGAUAUCGUGGAAAUUGAAGGAAUCAAGCGAGCCAAGGAUCGGUAA